AUGUCUGCUUUAUUGAAAGAAACUUUCGCCAGAUGCAAAAAAGAAGGCAGAAAUGCCUUGGUGAACUUCAUCACUGCUGGUUACCCAAGCGUGGAAGACACCAUUCCUAUCUUGAAGGGAAUGCAGAAAGGUGGUGUCGACAUCAUUGAAUUGGGUGUUCCAUUCUCUGACCCUAUUGCUGACGGUCCAACUAUCCAGGCCGCUAACACUGUCGCUUUGCUGAACGGUAUGACUGUUCCAAAAUGUUUGGAAAUGGUUGCUCAGGCUAGAAAGGAAGGUGUUACUGUUCCAAUCAUCUUGAUGGGCUACUACAAUCCUAUCAUGAAGUACGGCGAGGACCAGAUGGUCGAGGAUUCUGCUAAGGCAGGUGCUAACGGUUACAUUGUCGUCGACUUGCCUCCAGAAGAAGCUAUCAAGUUCAGAACUACCUGCUCCAAGUAUGGUAUGAGUUACGUUCCUUUGGUUGCCCCAGCCACCAGCGAUGCCCGUUUGGAAGUCUUGGGUGGCAUUGCGGACUCUUUCAUCUACGUUGUUUCUCGUAUGGGAACCACUGGUGCCACCCAGGAAGUCUCUCUGAGCAUUUCUGAGUUGUGUGGCCGUGUGAGGAAAUUCGCUGGUGACACUCCAUUGGCUGUUGGUUUCGGUGUCAGCACUAGAGAGCAUUUCUUGACUGUCGGUGCUGCCGCUGACGGUGUCGUCAUUGGUUCUAAGAUCAUCACUCUUUUGGGUGACUCUAAGCCAGGUGAGAGAGGUGAGAUUGCUUACAAGUACGUGCGUUCCAUCUUGGCUGACUUCAAGCCAUACGCUGCCCCAUCUGAAAUCAAUGCUCCAAGACCUCUUUUGGAAGAGGAGCACAAGUACAACCCUAGAUUCGGUGACUUUGGUGGUCAAUAUGUGCCAGAGGCUUUGCACACUUGUUUGGCUGAAUUGGAGAGAGGUUUCGAGUCUGCUGUCGCUGACCCAGGUUUCUGGGAGGAGUUCAGAUCUUUGUACUCUUACAUUGGCAGACCUUCCAGUCUACACAAGGCUGACAGAUUGACUGAACACGCUGGUGGUGCUCAAAUCUGGUUAAAGAGAGAGGACUUGAACCACACCGGUUCUCACAAGAUUAACAACGCUUUGGCUCAGGUUCUUAUCGCCAAGAGAUUGGGUAAGAAGAGAAUCAUUGCCGAGACCGGUGCUGGUCAGCACGGUGUGGCUACAGCUACUGCUUGUGCCAAGUUCGGUUUGGAGUGUUGCGUCUUCAUGGGUGCUGAGGAUGUCAAGCGUCAAGCUCUUAACGUUUUCAGAAUGCGUAUCUUGGGUGCUAAGUGUGUCGCCGUUACCAACGGUACGCAAACCCUUAGAGAUGCCACCUCUGAAGCUUUCAGAUACUGGGUUUCCAACUUGGAGUCUACCCACUACGUCGUCGGCUCUGCCAUUGGUCCUCACCCUUACCCUACUCUUGUGAGAACUUUCCAGAGUGUCAUUGGUAGAGAAGCCAAGGAACAAUUCAAGGAGUUGAACGAAGGCCGUUUGCCUGAUGCUGUUGUUGCAUGUGUCGGUGGUGGUUCUAACGCUACUGGUAUGUUCUCUCCAUUCGAGAAUGACACAUCCGUCAGAAUGGUCGGUGUUGAAGCUGGUGGUGACGGUUUGGAUACUGAGCGUCACUCUGCUACCUUGACUGCUGGUAUUCCAGGUGUUUUCCACGGUGUCAGAACUUACGUCUUGCAAGACUCUGACGGUCAAGUUCACGACACCCACUCCGUGUCUGCUGGUUUGGACUACCCUGGUGUUGGACCUGAGUUGGCAUACUGGAAGAACUCUGGCCGUGCCGAUUUCGUCGCUGCCACGGACGCUCAAGCAUUGGAGGGCUUCAGAUUGUUGUCUCAAUUGGAAGGUAUCAUUCCUGCCUUAGAGUCUUCUCACGCUGUGUAUGGUGCUGUCCAGCUUGCUAAGACUAUGUCCAAGGACCAGCACAUCAUUAUCAAUGUCUCCGGUAGAGGUGAUAAGGACGUUCAGAGUGUGGCUAAAGCCUUGCCUGUUUUGGGUGAGAAGAUCGGUUGGGAUUUGAGAUUCGAGGACGAUCCUUCCAAGUAA